GGACAAAGUUCCCACUGACUUCACUAAUGGUUAACCACACAUUUUUGGGUGACACCUCUGAGCAGGAGCUGCAGGACGGGGCAGGAACGGCAGCAUUGUUGACAUGUGUCGUGACUGUGUGACACAGACCUGCACAGACGCCAAUCUGAGGCCUUAAACCAUGGUCGUCCAUUUGUUGUUGCUGCUGCUGUCGUACAGGAACGAGGCAUCAGCAGCUCAGAUGAAGCUGUUCCCUCAGACGCUCACCGUCCUGCGGGGGGACGAGGCUCGCUUCACCUGCAGCGCCCUCACCCCCCAGUGGACGGUCAUGGUGUGGCUGUUGAACGGCACGACGGCGCUCACCAUCUCCAAGGUGCACGGCGUGCUACACUCCAGCAACCCCAACAUCACCGCCCAGCAGGUGACGGCGGGGUCGGAGGGCGACGGCUGGAUGUUUGUCCUGAAGGACACGCGGAGGUCGAACGAGGGAACGGUCACCUGUGACCUCCAGGGCAUCGAGAGCAGAUCGGCUGUUCUGUUUGUACAAGAAGGAGGCGCUGUGACAGUCACAGGAGACGACGGGUGGGCUCUGAAGGGUCGCUCUGUGGUGUUCGACUGUCGGGCAGAGGGGUGGUACCCUGAACCUGGUCUGCAGUGGCAGCUGAACGACAGGGAGGUGAUCCAGUCUGAGUCCAACGUCAGCAGUGAAGAGUCGGAGAGCGGUCGACUCUUCACCGUGUCCAGCCGCCUGGUGGUGGCGGCGGUGAGGAGCUCUCGUGUGUCUUGUCUGGCCGCGGUGUCUGCCAUGUCCACACCGGUGAAGAGCAGCGUCCGUCUGACAGUAGUUGCAGAGGUGUUGCAGGAAGGAGGCGAGUGCACGGUGCCUGUGGCGGUCACCUCCUCCCUCGCCGCGCCCCUGCUGCUCCUGCUGCUCCUGCUGCUCUGCAGCGCCGUCGUCCUCUGCUGCAGACGACGGAGACCAGACAGACCGUCUGGACCCGAGGACAUGUGGUUCAGCCGAUCGGUGACGGAGGGACGUAAAGUCGAUGACGUCACCAGAGCGAGGACCAAUCUGGGAUUCUCUACAGACGGGCCCACGGAUGCAGAUUACAAUGACGUUGUGGUGGAAAUUCGUAGAAAGAUGGAGAGUGUUUACAAGGUCCCUGACGUCGUCCACUCCAGGACCCCGUCCGUCCACAGCGAGGGUCACAUCCAGGUGUGUCCGUCAGAGGAGAACGCCAUGAACAUCAGAAGAAUCACCACAGUCUGAAGACGUGGACGAAAGAAAAUCUCCAAAUAUUUGAACAGAAGGGGUCAAAGGUCGACGACCGUUUCAUUUAUAUAAAUAUAUGAAAAUAUUGCAGACGGUUUCAUGUUCAUUUUUAUAUAUUUUUCUUGAUCGUCACGUCCUGUUGUCGUUGAUAAAGUCGUUGAUAAAGUCUGAUCUG